UAUAUAUAUAUAUAUAUUUCCCCCUUCCCCUUGGUAUCGUUUUUGCAGUUCUGUUUCCAAAUCUUUGGCAUCCAUCCUCUUUUAGCAUUAUAUCGUCCCCCGAUACGCAUACAUACGCGGGCAUCAUGCACAGGCUGCGUAGACGCCAAACCCUCCCCCUAAUCUCUCGGGUUUCGCCGAAGCAAGCCUUUCCCAUUACUUCCACCCCACAGUUGGCUCGUAGUUUUGGCAGUUUCGCAGGCUUCAAAGUUCCCAGAGCUCGGAAUGAGCCAAAUCCACAAUAUGGCAAAAAUUCGCCGGAGCGGCUGGGCAUAGAGAACACCUUGAAGUCCAUGAAGCAAAAACUCCCUCUCCAGGUCCCCGCUGUGAUUGCAGGUCAAAAUGUUAAAUCCUCCAAACCAUCGCGACAGCCAAACCCAUCCGCGCACGCUGAAGCGGUGGCUGAAUAUUAUAAUGUCUCAGAAGGGCAUGUCAGCCAGGCAAUCGAAGCUGCCUUGAAUAGCAAGCCGGAAUGGGAACGGCUUAGUUUCGCAGACAGAGCAGCGGUUUUCCUCAAGGCCGCUGAUCUUGUGGCCGGCAAAUAUCGCUACGAUAUCAUGGCCGCCACCAUGCUCGGCCAAGGCAAGAAUGUCUGGCAGGCGGAGAUAGAUGCUGCUGCGGAACUAGCGGACUUUCUUCGUUUCAACGUACAGUAUGCCGAGGAGCUCUAUGCGCAGCAGCCACAGCACAACUCAAACGGUGUCUGGAAUCGUAUAGAGUACCGCCCGUUGGAAGGAUUUGUCUACGCUAUAUCACCGUUUAACUUUACAGCCAUUGGAGCCAACCUGUGUGCUGCGCCUGCACUUCUGGGGAACGUUGUCGUGUGGAAGCCGUCACCGUCGUCCAUGGCUGCGAGCUAUCUCACGUACCAAAUCUUCCUCGAGGCUGGCCUUCCGCCCAACGUGAUUCAAUUCGUGCCUGGCGAUGCUGAGAUGGUUACCAAGGUUGUGCUUGGUCAUAAAGAAUUUGCCGCGCUCCACUUCACAGGAAGCAGUACUGUGUUCCGCUCAUUGUAUGGAAAGAUAGCUCAGGGGAUUGCGAAUAGCUCCUACCGGAGCUAUCCUCGCGUUGUUGGCGAAACGGGCGGCAAGAACUUCCACCUGAUCCACUCUUCCGCGGAUAUUAAAAAUGCUGCCACGCACACUGUCCGUGGCGCUUUUGAGUACCAGGGUCAAAAGUGCAGCGCAACAUCUCGCGCCUAUGUUCCUCAAUCCCGCUGGGAGGAGUUCAAGUCUUUACUGGUGAGUGAAACUGAAGCUCUCAAGUCUGGCCCACCAGAAGAUUUUAGGAACUUUUCAGGACCUGUGAUCCAUGAAACGUCCUUCAAAAAACUUGCUGGAGUCAUCGAUGCUGCUUAUAAGGACUCUAGCCUUCAAUUGCUUGUGGGCGGGAAAUACGAUGGCAGCAAGGGGUAUUUCAUCCAGCCUACUAUCUACGUCACGAAUGAUCCUCACCACAAACUCAUGUCUACCGAGCUGUUCGGCCCCGUCCUCGUUAUCUAUGUUUACGAUGAUACUAAAGCCCCCGCAGAGGCAUAUGAGAAGGUCUGCCAGACCAUCAACGCUACCUCAGAGUACGGUCUCACUGGAUCAGUUUUUGCUGUGAGACGCGAUGCUAUCCGGUACGCGGAAGAAGCACUGAGGGACACAGCUGGCAAUUUCUACAUCAAUUGCAAAUCGACAGGCGCUGUGGUCGGGCAGCAGCCAUUUGGUGGUGGACGCCAGAGCGGAACAAACGAUAAGGCCGGCAGCGCGGCCAUUCUUAGUAGGUUCGUGAGCAUGCGGUCGAUCAAAGAGGAAUUCUCGCCACUUUCCCAAGCGACGUACCCUAGCAACGAGGUAUAAUAAAGCUCGUCACAUUUUGUAUUUAUAUUUCCUCCGAUAAGUUGAUGCUUCGUAUGAAGCUGCGAACUGGGCAUCAAGGUUACUGACGGUUCGAGCCGGAGAGUCCCUGAAUAAUGAGCUUUAGAUCCUGAGCUGCUACAUCGCUGUAGUAGGCUGAAAUAAUUGGGGGCAUGGAUAGUUAUUGCACCCAAGAUGUUUGGUACCGGAUUGCAGAUUGUGGUUAUGUGCUAAAAGUAUUCUAGAUUGGUUAGGAGAAAGGCGCAGAGUAGAUGCGCUAAUAAGUGAAGAAGUUGGUGUCUGACACUCGACACACUCC